AACAGAGUUGUCUACCUUUUAUUUACAUUAGUGACACAUUCCACAUUUUUAAAAUUUACAUUAAUAUUUAUUAUCCCAAAGCAGUUAAAGCUUCGUAUAAACAUAAUCUGAUUUAAAAGAGAGGGAAAAGAACGUUUUAUCUCAUUGUUUCAAGCAAUAAUCUAAACAAUGAACAAAAAGCAGGAAUUGAGAGAAAAGGUGAAGGAAAUAAAACAACGUCAACAUAAUUGGAUGAAACAGAGAGCUGAGAGUCAGCAGCCAAGCCCAGACAAAGAUACAUUACACACAAAUAAAUUAGGAAAUGCUGGAUCCCGGACACAACCAAGGAAGGUUACAAAUGCACAAAGCACUCCUGAUUAUCAUAAACCAUUGGGAACCAGCUCACAGUCUCUGGCCCAAAGCUUGAUCUCUUCCAACAGAUCAAAGGCAAAGUUUCAAAGCUGGUUAAAGACUAAAGAAACAAAUGAAGACACUGGGGUACAAGAUGCUUCACAAAGGGACAGAAAUCAGAAUAACGAUGUUUAUAAUAGUGAACGAUAUGCAGAUAAUUAUUACAAUGAUGAACCAUACAGGGACCACAAAGGAUCGGGCAGUGUGAAUGUGUUACGGGUACCGAGUACAAGGUCACCAGAAUUCGCGACCCCUGACCCUAGUUGGAACAGUGAUGAUGAAACUGGAGAAAUAAGUGCAGCACAACUUCUUUCCCCUGAUGACUUUGAUGCAAGAGCUGAUGAUAUUAUAGCAAGAGUGAAAGGUGAUUUGGUAAAACCAAGCAAUGACUACAGCAUGAAACCACAUGCAGAGUACAGUUAUACAAGCACCACUGCCAAACCCGAGGAACAAGAAUUGUCAAGUCAUGUCUGUCCAACAUGUGAAAAAUUAAUGAUGCCACCAAAUGCAAGUCCUAUGUUGUUAAUUCCAUGUGGUCACACCCUCUGUAACACGUGCAGCAAGAAAACCAAGUAUUGUGCAAUGUGUGGUUGUGUUGUCCAGUCAAGUACAUUGAAUAUCAUGUUGCAGCAGAUUAUUACAAACUUUCAUACAAAACAAACACAUAGACAGGCAGUACAGAAAUCAAUUUCGAAUUCAGUUCACAAAAAUAAUUAUCAAGAAGAGUACCAGAAUCUGUUAACCAGGCAGGAGAUCUUACAAGAGGAAUCUAGAAAUAUUUCCAAAAGUGUUCACAAACUUACCAGAAAACUGAACCAAGACCAGCACCAAGUCUCUAACAUACAGAAGAAAGAGGAGGAAGUAGAAUUGGAAAUUGAAGAGUUACAAAGGAAGCUAAAGGAAUUAACUGAGCACAGAGUGGAAUAUGAGAAAAAUUGUUACACACUUGAAAUUGAGGUUAAACAGGAGAAGAAUAGGCUGGUACUUGUGCAAGAUUCUCUAACAUCUGUUGAGCAACAAAUUGAAAAGGUUAAGCUUUUUACAGAGAAUGAUUUCUAAAGGAAGGAUCGAGACUUCUUGGGAAACUGCUAGAAACUCUUGAUACAACCAUAAACAUAAUGAAUAUGGGACUGUUGAAUUAAAUCAGGAAGAUUUUUAGCUGGACUAUGCAAAGAAUAGUGAGAACUGUUGUACUCAUCUUGGCACCAGCAUCGGCGUCAGCGUCACACCUUGGUUAAAGAUCAUAGUUCAGUAACUAUUGUAUUUACUGGAUAGGCUUCUAUUAAACCUACUGAAAUAACCAAGUUAGAAAAGUCUUGAUUAAAUAUAAUUAAACUGUAGUCCUUAUCCGACUAAGAAAUUUUGGUUGCAGUUUCACAUGCAAGUUUUAAUUGUUAUUUAUAAUAAUAAAUGGUAAUAAAAUGGCUAAGUUACGUGUCUUGCAAAGUUAUAGCCCUUGUUUGGCUCAGAAGCUGUUGAAUAGUUGAGCAUGCUGUCUUAUUGAGAACUCUUGUUUCAGAAAAUAAGUUUGUGUUCGGAUUUUAGUAGUGCAGAUAUUUAUGUGAAGGUCAUUCAAUAUAUAGUGCAACCAGUG